GAUAGAGAGUUUGGAUUGAAUAAGUUGCCACUGAUUGGAGCCCGGUUUAGUCUGAACUUGCACACGGUCCACCGAGGAUCGCUUCUUUCGGCGUUCUGAGUAGAAUUUUUAACGCUUAAAAAUGAAUCUCAAACUUGCAUUGCUCGGGAUCGUUCUAAUUUAUUGCGUCACGUGCGAAGGUCGAGUGAUUCGUCAACGGGUUAAGCGUCAGGAUGUGAUCUUCAAGAACUACGACCAGGAAGACGUGCAGGACUUUGAGGAACGCAUGAAGGCGAGGCGUCCACUUCCGCGAACUCCGGGUUUCCAGCAGAGCAGUGCUGCCAACACGGGCUCACAAACCGUGGUCAACCAGCACGGAGUGAUGCAGCAGACUGCCGGAGGCAGUCAAUCAGCAAACUUGGCCAACGAUGGUUCCAGCGGUCAGCUCAGUGCCGCAAACACCCAGCAGCAGACGAUCCAAUCCGGCGACAACCUACAGAGUCAAAACAGUGGCCAAAGUCAGUCGGCAAACUUCGGCAAGGAACAUCAGAUCCUCUCGAACGCCAAUGCCAACACCAACACCCUGAAGGAAAACGGAAACAUCCGACAGCAGUCCGGAGGUGGGGCCGGAACUUCCGUCGUGGACAAGCAGGGCAGCCAGUCCAGCCAGGCUCAAACCAACAGUGAACAGUUUCAAAACGCAGACGGCCAGAAGGGUUCGAAAUCAACGGGGUCCAGCCAGUCGCUGCAGAUCGGGAACGACGGAUCGGCGUCCGGUGCGAACAGCAAUACCGGGUCGGAAACGGUGCAGCUGGCGGACGGAACCAAAAUCACCAAAUCGUUCAGCUCGUCGUCGAGCUUCCAGAGCAGUGGCAAGGUGAAGGUUGGAGCGGUGGCGUCGAGUAUGUCCAAUACGGCGGGAUGAAUGUCUUGAAUGUUUUGGUUGUGACUGCUAUCAAUUUUUGGGUUUGCUAUGCUAAACGUGAUAACGGGUGACUUGAAUAAAUUUUGAUGAAGAAGAA